UAUUGAAUUGGUUGGAGUCGAUUUUUAUGCCAGGCAGAGCGCAACUAUGUACCCGAGCCGUUUAUCGAUUAUUUCGGCCAGUUUAUUGCUGAUGCUGCUACUUGGCGUCGUGAAGCGCUGCGAGGGCAUUGUCGGUGGAAUACAAGCGGCGCCACCGCCGGUCGAUGAUCCGGUGGUUUUUGUGCGAUACGUGGGAAAAUCCGCCCGCCUCGAAGGAACUCGUAAUAGGCAGACUGGUUUGUACUCGUUUCGGGGAAUACGCUAUGCGGAUGCUCCCGUCGGGGAAUACCGUUUCCAGCGGCCACGUUUCAAGCGAUUAAGCGGUGACAUAGAUGCAAUUAAUAAUGGUCCUCCCUGCCCUCAACCGGAGCCAAACAAUCCUUACAGAGUGGUCGGAAAUGAAGAUUGCUUGUUACUGAACAUCUUUUCUCCUCAAAUGCCUGAUGAAUCUACCGGUUUGCCGGUGGUCGUGUGGAUACAUGGUGGGGGCUACCGCUAUGGAUCGGCGGCACAGUACGGAGCAGAGCCAUUAACGCAGAACGGGGUAAUAUUUAUUCCAAUUCAGUACCGUUUAGGAUCAUUUGGCAUCAUCGGCGAUGGGAGUAGAGAUUUUUCUGGAAAUCUCGCUUUGCUCGAUAUGGCAACAGCGGUCCGUUGGGUGAAAGAUUAUAUUUCAUGGUUCGGAGGAGACCCCAAUCAAAUUAAACUGAUUGGACAUGGUUCCGGAGCCAGAGCAGCAAUGAUUUUAUCGUCAGCCACAAUGGCUCGCAGUUCAAUCACUGGUGUUGUUGCGAUGUCAGGUUCGUCAUUGCAGCCAGACUCUUACGAUUCAGAACCGAAGGUAUCUUUGAAUCAAAUUGUUUCAGCUCAUGGUUGUUCGGCUGGCAAUGAAACCGAGAUUGUGCAGUGUAUGCGGGAGAAGUCAAUCGACGACAUUAUCAAGGUUGAUAGCGAGCUGCAAGUUAGUCGUUUAAGCAAUGAAAAAGCUGUAAAAGCAUUAAGUGGAAAUGUCGGAGUUAGUCCAGUUGUGGAACAACAUGAUGAUGGUCGCGGGUUGACGGGUAUACUAACGGAAGAACCAUCAGUUACGCUUAAAAGUGGAAACGCGCCCAAUAUUCCUUUGCUAAUAGGAGUGACCAAGGACGAGACUGCUAAUGCAAUUGAUGUCAAGGAAAUUGAAAAUUCAUUCGCGUCCACCACAAAUUUUCUAAUGAGUGCCAGUAAAUCGGUUGGAUUGGAAGAUUUCCUGAAUCCGAAUAAAUCUGUUGCAUUAUUGGAUUCUUUAGGUAGUGUAUUGGAUUUGUCGAAGUAUUUACAAGUACCAAAAUCAUGGAAUGUAACGAAAGUUUUCGACAAGCUCGUGGAAACUACUACUGAUGCUGUAUUUAACUUACCAGCCGUAGUUACCGCACAAUCUUGGAACAAAUUAUCUAAGGCAUAUUUUUAUAGUUUUGAGCAUCGAUCGGAUAAUACGAAUGGAGUUGAUUUUCUCUCCGGACUGCCAAUUGUUUCGAAAAAAAGUUCGACUGUACGGAAAGAUGCUGUAGGGCAUGGAGACGAAUUGGGUAUACUGUUUGAAACACAUGACAUAUUUGGAAAUUUUAUUGAAAAAUCGGCAGUAAAAUCCAAACGAGACAUCAACGCACGGCAAGCUUUCGCCACAUUCGUUGCGAAGUUUGUGCAUAUGAACUCUAGCAACCAGAGGGAGGACAGUUUAUUCAAGGCCUUCACUAGCAAAGGUACUCCAUACGUAAAAAUAGGUGAGGAACUUUCCCUAGAGAAUGAUUUCAGAAUCUGUCAGUUAUCGAUUUGGGGAGCAAAUCUACAGGCACUGCAAGCAACAUCUUGUAAAUUCUUAGCCGAUGGGUUAGAGGAUCUUGGAAAAGUUGUGAGUGGAAUUGCUGGGAUAUUACCAGGACCGAAAAUUCCGAUACAACAACCUGCCAAAGUUUUCGGUUUGUUUUAAUCUAUAUGAACACACUUUUUUGUCUAUAUUCAACACAAUGUAUGAUACAUACCAAUACAACGGUUGUAACGAAAAAUAUUAGAGUGAUUCUAUUAAGCAAAUAUGUAAUUCUGUAUAUAAACUGAAUUC